AUGGAUUGCAUUUUGAAGGUUUUUGCUCUUGAGGAAUCUGACAUAGUACGGAAAGAGAUCGUGAAACUGCUGCUGCCAUCAUAUAUGAAACCAGGACUGAAACCGGAUGAAGUGAUCCGUCGCAUAAUUGUUAUGGGACGAGAGAGUGAAACCGCUGCUUUGUCUUUCCAUCAUAUAGUUAUUACUGAAAAUUUAAUUUCGGUCGGAAAUGCUGUUCAACAUGCGAAAUCAUUAGUGCUUGCUGUAUAUAAAACAUUGCGUUCACUGGAAGAAGUCGAUGGUUGCGAAACAGAUGAAGCAAUGUCCUUAUGCGCGGAGGCGACCAUAUGUGAAUCAUUCAUUCGGCCAGUUCGGGAUGAAACAAGCGAAAAAUUUGAGCUUUGGAAUUCAUCACAUUUGCUGCUGAACUGUUUGGUGGUAAUGUGGUUUCCGCUACGUCUUAUCUUAGAUAAUGAAAAGUAUGCAAAGGAAAAUGAGAAUCUGCGAAGACUUAUCACUAAAUUGUUUAAAUUUGCAUUUUUGCGCUAUCGAAAUACACCGAUUUUGGAAGCAAUAAUGCAUUUGGGAAAGACCUUGGACGACUGGAAGGAAGGAAGAGUAUUAGUACUGCAGGAACUGUUGCAAAAUGAUAGUUUGGAUGAUGAAAAAGCAGCAAUUUACUUGGAAGCAGCUACCAGUUGGGAUUUUUUGGCUCUCCUGAAAUUUAUCGAUGAUGCAUUCGAAACUGUGAAACGCGAAGUGUGCGAGGAUAGUCCACCGAAGAAGCGUGAAAGGAAGUCGAAACUUACGGCUGACGCGUUUAAUCGGUCAUUAUUAUAUUUGGACCGCAUUAUAAAGCAACCAGAAAUGAAGCAUGAUCUGGAGCACAACUAUCCUAUUUAUCUUUCCAGAUAUUGCAAGGCUCUCACUUCAUUGCGUCAAUUAAUCAUGGAAAAUAUUUUGCAAAAAAGACUUCGAUUCUCUACCUUUACUUUUACUUUUGAAAAUAUAAUUUGCGGUAUUCGUACGCAGUAUAUUCUAGCUGUUAUGAUUCUUACUGGCAGUAAGCAGGAUGAGGAAGAACUGUUGAAAAAUAUGCGGGAUGAUGUAAAAUGGUUAAAAGAGUCGGUUGUGCCAGAAUUUUUGACGGAUCUAACUGACGAGCAGUUGGAUAUAAUGAUCAAAGUUUUCGAGACAUAUAUCGGUUUGUGGACACAACAACUUAAGACUUAUAACACGCCAUUUGCGUUCAGAGCAGAACUGUAUGAUGUUCAGUGGAUUGAUAAUAUGAAAAACAGUCGUGGCGCUGUUCGACUUCUUGUAGUUGUGAUAGAAUUGUUCAAAAAUUUGAUUAUUACUGCGAAGAUAGCUGAAGCAUGGCUUUCUAUCUACAGCACUUUGAACAGCUGCGGAUUGCUAACGUCGAAUAUAAUUGCUGAGCAAGCAAAAAUUAUUGCUGACAUAGUUUUAGAAGGAUUUUUGGUGACCAAUAAAAAUGUAUUGGUUUAA